AUGUCCUCCGCGGCAUCACUUGAAUACGAUACAUUAGUGACAUCGAGCUCGCGACAAGACUGGACCAUAGCGACUCGAGAAGACGUUUCCCGAGAUGAACAAGCAGGUUUCCAUCCAGAUCGAGGUUGGAUGGAUAACACCUUCACACUCCGUAAACUUCUUGAACUCCGUCACGUCCACCGACGGCCAUUAAUUGUAGUAUUCUUGGACUUUCAAGUGGUUUUUGACUCAGUAGAUAGUUCUGCGUUGUGGAACUGUCUACUAGGGAAAGGUUUACCCGAUAACUUUGUAACUAUCCCGAAGUAUCUCUACAGUAACAAGUCGGGCAGAAUCAUA